AUGAUAAAAGGCGCGAUGAGAUCAUUAAGCAAUACGGGAGGAAGUAUACGAAGAAACGUUAGCAAUGCUUCGCGAAGAACACAAAAGUCGGCUCCGGUCAAAUUAUCUACGGAAAUGACUCAUUUGAUUGUUAAACGGUGCGCCGAUGAGAUUGAAGAAAGAGGGUUGCAUGAAGUUGAUAUUUUUAAGCCAGUACGAAUCGGAGAGAAUGCUGAUGAAGUUAAAGACCUUAUAAAUCGUAUGCUGCAAGAUAAUAGAAUGCAAUUCGAGGAUGAAAUAAAAAGUCAAAAUAUUCAUAACGUCGUGGCGGCAAUGAAAUGGGCAUUAAGACAUUGUGAGGUGACAUUGGUUCCUUACAUGUUUUAUGAAGAAUUUGUGAGGUUUGAGCAGGAAUGGGAUUUUGAUCCAGAAAAAGGAUCAUUUAGUCAAUUUCUUUUAUAUCUUCCAAAACAAAAUCAAGAAAUUCUUUUAUGUUUGUUCGACAUUUGCGCCAAAGUCACAGAAGAAUCGCACAUUAAUCAAAUGUCAGCACAGAAAAUUGUUAAAUCGCUGGCAUUAUGUGUUCUGGGUGAGCAGGAGCGAAAAUUUGAUACUUUUGAUGACGCUUACUCAGAGUAUUCGAAAUGUUCGAAUGCGUGUCUGCAUUUAUUUCUUGCGUAUCUGCGGGAGAAAGCAGUCGCGACCAGAUUACCACCACGGUUAACACUUUUCCUGGAUAACAUUAAUUAUCUCGAUGUACGAAAGAAAUCUGUCGCGUCAAUGUAUAUACAUCCACAAACUUUUUUGAAUCGACAAACUUAUAUGUCGACCGAUCAGGAUGAGGAGGGUGCGGUAAAUGAUUACCAAUACACAGAAUCGUAUCUUUCACAGACAAAUGAAGAAUCUGAUUAUGAAGAAGGAUCGAUAUUAUCACCACCGCCGUCCACUAAUAACUAUGCGGCUUCAACCACAUCAACAUCAACAAUAACUAAAAAUACAUUUCCAAAACAAUCAUUAUCGACACCGUCUACAUUUAAUGAACGUCCCGCAAGUGUAUUACGAGUGACACGAACGAUUCCUGUACAGCAACCAGGCCAAACUCAAAAUAUUAAUCCAAGAGCGAGUAAAGGAGUUAGUAUUCUAUUGCCUGAAAUAGUUAAUGAUCUCAAUCGUCAAACAUUAGUUCGUGCUAGUGCAUUAAUGACGGUUGAUGAGCAAAAAACUGCGCAAACAUUAUGGAAAGAAUUUCAAACAGAAGGAGUCAGUGGAUUCUCUGAUGAGUUUAUUAAAUUAUUUUUUUCACUGGAUGAUCGCGAUGAACUUUACGAAACUGGUUCACAAUUAUCUCCAACAUCUCCCUCAUUUCCCUCACCUCUAACCUCUCCAUCAUCAUCUGCAGAAAAACAAAAGAACAAUAGAAGAUGUCGAAGUAACAAAGAAAAUGGAUAUCGUUCACAGCUGCGAAGAAGUCAGAGUGAAUUGGAUAAAUAUAAACCAAAAAGGGGACCGCGGCCAAUAACACUUGUUUGGAAUAAUUUCCGGGAAUUCGGUUUUGAUGGAUUGGUUGGGGGAAUAGGAAAUAAAAAAGAUCCCAAAGUAGAGCAACUUUUAGGUUAUAACGAUUCAAGUAGAUUAGAACAGCUUGAAGAAAUACAAGACAAUGAUUCAGGUAACGAACAGCGUCCAAUUACAAUGGCAUGGAACAGUUUUAAAGAGAAUGGGUUUGGGGAUAUAGCUUCAGACAAUAUGUCAGAUGCAUUCUCACUUAAUAAUACAACAAUAAAUUCACCCCCACCGUCGAUUUUCAGUAAUGACGUGCAUUCACCUUCAGUGGCCCCGUCAAUAGCACCAUCGGUAUUCAGCAAUGAUGCUAAUGCUUCGGUCCUAACACAUAAAUCACGUAAAACAAUGCGAAGUGGUACAUCAAGUGGUAAAUCAUUUUCUUUCCGACGACGUCAAAUGCCACAAUCAGACGAGGGAAAACCACUGAGCACAGCAAGCAGAACUGUCGAAGAAGAAAUACAAAAAUGGCAUAUAAUUGAUCGGAAAACAGAUUUACCUUCGACAACACAUUUAGCAAUUGAAACGAUCGAUGAAAUAUUUCCAUAUGUCUGGAUGGAAAGUACCGCCGAAAACAAAGACGGGUACUGGGGCGAUUGGGUGUUUAUCGAACCGAGAAAAGGUCUGCUAAAUGAAUGUGAAUGGAUCAUGAUCGAAAAUCAACAACAUGUAUUUGGAAAUGAUUGGGGUAAUCCAAAUAAUUACAGGCAAUUUUCGAAACGGCGGAGUAAACUUGGUUUUUCUUGGAUACGAAGAAGCUUUGUUGGCAAACGAAGCAGUCAAGCCAAUUAUCAAACAAAAGUCAAAAGAUUCAAUACCACUCAAGCUACUUCACGUAAUAAUACUAGUAAAUUCAGUAGCAGAUACUCGAGAAGAUCAAGCAAAUCGACUAAAUCAAGCAAAUCAAAGAAAAAAGGAAAAAAAGUCGAAGGAUUGCCACCGGGUAGUUAUGCUCGUAAUGGAAAAUUAUAUCCAAAUGCAGCCAGUGAAACUUAUAGUCGUAAUGAUGUAAAAUUAAUGCCCAAUGAGAAUAACGGUCGAGAUCUCAAUCAUUAUGAGACCGAACUAAACAUUGAUAAAAUUAUAAAAGACAUUAGACAACCAUUGCAACAUACUGAUAAAGAAGAGUAUAUUUCAACGGAAACGUCUCAUAUUUUGCAAGAAGAUUCAAAUACUACCAUUGAGACAAAUCAAGAGAUUUCCCAAGAAGAUUCAAAUACUACCAAUGAGACAAAUCAAGAGAUUUCACAAGAACAAGACCAGCAAUUGGUUGAACCGCCUAAAAAGGAAUCUGCACCAAUAUAUAAAUUAAGUCAGAAUGCGACUCCAAAAUUAAUACAAGGUAAACAAAAUGACAAGACACAGUUGAAACCACAAGGAUCACAACGAUAUAAAUAUAUUGAUAUACCGAAAAUGAAGACAACAGACUUAUCAAAUGAAGCGAAAAAUAAAGCACAGCCUUAUCCCACUGCUAAUAAUAAUGUGCCUUCUGAAGCAAUGGUCUCAACACAGCAGCAGCAGCAACAGACCCCUAUAAAAAAUCAGCAGAUUCGUCCACAGGUUUCUCGAUCAAAUACACAACUUCAGACUGAAACGAAAUUCUCAAGAUCAAAUGAGAAAAUUCAAGCUUCAAAUUCUCAAGAAAACAUACCUCAACCAUUACCUAACUUAAAUAAAGAGUUGCCCAUGAAACCUCAAAUAAUAAGUGAACAAAUUUCAGCUCAACAACCGCCACCACCUCAUAUUCAAAGUGAAAUGCUACAACCUUCAGUUCAACUCCAAAGACAAGCGUCCAGAUCUAAUGAGCGAAUUCAACCUCAAAGACAAGCUUCCAAAUCUAAUGAGCAAAUUCAACCUGAGCGAAUUCAACCUCAAAGACAAGCUUCCAUUUCUAAUGAGCAAAUCCAACAUGAGAGAAAAGCUUCAAGAAGACAACCAUAUCCACAAGCUUCAAAUGCUCGACCUCAACAAUCUUCAAGCUUAACUAAGGAAUUUCCAUUAGCACCUCAAGUUUCAAGAUCAAACGAACGAAUUGAGCAGAUUCAAUCUCAAAAACAGGCUUCAAGAUCCAAUGAACGAAUUGAUCAGACAUAUCAAAAACAGACUUCAAGAUCCAAUGAACGAAUUCAACCUGAAACACAGGCUUCACGAUCUAAUGAGCAAAUUUUACUUCAAAGAGAAGUUCAACCUGAAGUACAAGAAUCAAGAUUGAAUGAGCGAGUUCAACCUCAGAGACAAGCUUCUCGGUCAAAUGAACGAAUUCAACCGCAAAAACAAGCUUCCAGCUCUCAAGAAAGAAUAAAAAAUUUACCUUCAUCAUCUUCUGAUUCAAUCUCUCAAUCACAAAACGGGCAAAAUCCCCUACAACAACAACAACCACCACCUAUAAUUCAAAACGAAAAAUCACGUCCUUAUGGCAAUGAUGAGAAAUUGCAGUCUUAUCCAACUGACGCGAAAUUGCAGCCGUAUACAAACGAUGUUAAAUUACAGCCAUAUGCAAAUGACACCAAAUUGCAACCAUUCCCAAAUAACGCAAAAAUACAGCCAUACCCAAAUAAUGCAAAUAAUGCGAAAUUACAACCAUACCCGAAUAAUGCACAUGUUGCCGAAGGCACUUAUGCAACAGACGACAUCUUAAAUGCGUACGCAAGGUCUGAAAGAUCUGGAACUCUUUCAGAUGCCGGAAGCAUUUACUCGAAUGACCAACGUAACAACAUUAAUACACCAACAACGUCAUCAUUAAAAGAUAACAGCCAACAGACACCCAAAAAAUAUCAAGGAUAUCAAACCACAUCACAACGAUUAGCAGCACAAACUGCCGAAAAAGCCAGUAAACACACAUCCGUGUCAAGUAAUGGCUCUACAGCACCCACGAAACCCGCACGUAGUAAUUUGCGUACAAAAUUCAUUGGUUGA